AUGGCUUACAAGGUGGAUCAUGAGUAUGAUUACUUAUUUAAAAUUGUGCUGAUCGGAGAUUCUGGUGUUGGAAAAUCAAAUAUACUUUCCAGGUUUACGCGAAAUGAGUUCUGUUUGGAAUCUAAAUCCACGAUUGGUGUUGAAUUUGCCACGAGGACUCUUCAGGUGGAGGGCAAGACGGUGAAGGCCCAAAUAUGGGACACGGCUGGGCAAGAGAGGUACAGAGCCAUCACCAGCGCAUAUUAUAGAGGAGCUGUUGGGGCGCUGUUGGUCUAUGAUAUCACCAAGAGGCAAACGUUUGAGAAUGUGAAUCGUUGGCUUCGUGAGUUAAGGGACCAUGCUGACUCCAACAUUGUCAUUAUGUUGGCCGGGAACAAGUCUGAUCUGAACUACCUCAGAGCCGUUCCGGAACAAGAUGCAAGACUUUUGGCCGAAAAAGAGGGACUGUCAUUUUUAGAGACUUCAGCAUUAGAAGCACUUAAUGUGGAGAAAGCAUUCCAAACAAUUCUGCUGGACAUAUACCAGAUAAUCAGCAGGAAAGCACUGGCCGCGCAAGAGGCUACUGCAAACCUUCCCGGUCGAAGCACCACCAUUAAGGUUGGUGAAUACUCUGGUAAUACGAGCAGGAAGGCCUGCUGUUCCAAUUGAGGUUUCAGCUUGUAAACCUCUGCAUCGAAAUCGGUUUUUGAAACGGAAAAGCAAUUGACAAUGUAGACGACCAUGAUGGAGUAUUUGAUAAACAAUACAUUCUUCCAGUCCAAUUUAGGAAAGAAGAUAGGGAUAUCAUUAGUUUUUAAGCAAAACGAGGACCAAGAAAAGGGUGCUUCUUCUUGAUCGUUUCGAACCAUUCUUCAUCUUUUGUUUGC